UCAGUUUUUGCUAUGGCUGCUAAUUUAGAUGAAGGAAGAGACGAGAUUCUCGUAAUUUUGGAGGAGAUCUCCCAAGCAAACAAAACUCUCCGCGAAGAAAACAAAGAAAUAAGAAAUGACCUAAAGAAGAGAGAUGAGGAGAACAAAAAAGCCCUUGCAGAUCUAAGCAGUCAGCUUAGUAAUCGUACAAAUGUACAAACUGUACGCACUGCACGGUGCUCACCUAGAGAGGCACGUCGUCAAGCAGCUCGGGAACGCCGUGGAAAUGUUCCGGCACAAUGCAGGGUAAAUGAUUUUUCAGGAUUUUACCUAGACGAAAGCGUUGACUCUGACAACAAUAUCAACAUAGUUGGUCGAGUUGUGACUGAGGUUUACCACCAGUAUGGCGGACAAGAGAAAAGCCCUUGGUGUAAAGAACAAAUAGAAACGGUAUUACGACGAUAUUUCCUCUCCCUAUACGAGAAAAACAAACAGAUCGUAGGGCGGAAGUAUGAGGCUCACAAAAAGACAUGCAGAAAAAAUGGCAGAAGAAGAGAUAAGCUCACUAGAAGAACUAUGGCUUUGGAAAUGGUUAGAUGGGAUCAGCAAAAACUUGGAAGGGUGGCUGAAGUUCUCCGAGAGGAUGCAAUGUCGAGUGAAGAUAGCGACGGAGAAAGUGAUGAAAAUGGAGGAAUGAAAGUCACUUGCUACAAGGUCAAGAGACUUAGUUGGGAAGGGGAAAGAUUUACUAGAGCGAAAAAAGCUCUUGAUAAGGCCUAUAAGAAAUCCCUAACCAAGAGAGCAAGUGAUCGCGUUCUUCCGAGGGAAGAGGCGAAUAACUUAUCAACCCGCGAGGUGCCGGAAAACUUCCCUGAAUGGGCUCUCAAAAUUUAAUCAUAA